UAAUUAUUUGUACAGUAUAGAUUCACAAACGAUGAACCGGAUUCAAUUUAUAUUUCUUACCUUUGUGUGUACUUGUGAAAAGGUCUUUCAGUAACAUUUAAGACUUUAAACGUAUAAUAUCGAAGCAAAGGAAACUCUACAAUUGAAAGAAAAAAUAACAGAAUGACAAGAUCAAAAAAAAAGAUAGAGAUUUUUGCUACACCAGAAAGCAAAGAAAAUCCAGUGAAUUUAGUUUCAAUAUCAGGACAUGAAAAUAAGGCAUAUGUGAAUGACAAUUCAUAUGAUAAUAUAUCGGACAGUAGUGGGGUUUCUAGCAUCGAAGAAUCCAAGAAAGAUAAUGGAACGCCACCAGUGGUCGAAAUUGAGAGAAAAGAUAAACAUUCAGACUUUCAAAUGAAGAAAUCAUUGAAUCUUGUUCACUGCGUUGCUAUAAUGAUUGCUGUGACGGGACAUUCCUCAAUUUUUAUAUCUCCUGCAGCAAUAUUGAAGUCUGCAGGGUCUGUAGGCGCAUCGUUAAUUGUAUGGCUGGUUGGCGGACUUAUUAAUAUGAUGUUGGCGUUGUGUUUUGCUGAACUCGGUACUAUGCUACCAAAAGCUGGUGGUCCGUAUGCCUAUGUUAUGAGGACGUUUGGUCCUUUGCCAGGCUUUUUAAUUCUGUGGGGAUACGUUGUUUUAAUAUCUGGUCCGUUUUGGGCCUUUUUAGCAUACACCGCAGCUUUGUAUAUUUUCCAACCAUUUUUUCCCGAUUGUGAGGCUCCAGAAAAUGCAGUGAAACUUUUAGCAGGAUGGAUAAUGAUAACAUUUGUGGUCAUCAACUGUGUUUACAUGAAGUAUGUAACCAAAGUACAGACACUGCUUUCCAGUACAAAAGUUUUAGCUUUAUUGAUAAUCAUAGCAUCAGGGAUAGUUAACUUCACAAAAGGGGAAACUGAAAGCUUCGAGCAUAUUUUUGAAGGAACAACUAAAGAACCAGGAGAAUUUGCAGUUGCAAUAUUUUAUUCAAUCUUCUCCUACGGCGGAUGGCAGGUAAUGACAAGUCUAAUGGAAGAAGUGAAAAAGCCAGAAAAAGAUUUGCCCAGAUCAGUUUUCAUUGCUAUGAUAGCCGUUAUCAUGAAAUAUGUCCUGACUAAUGUGGCUUAUUUUACGCUCAUGUCACCGUCGGAAGUUGUAGCAUCUAACGCUGUUGCAUUGGUGUAUAUCCAGCGUUUUUACAAACCACUGACUGCCGUGAUAUCCGUCUUUGUAGCUCUGACAUCCAUUGGUGCACUCAAUGCCUCCAUAAUGGGACACUCGAGGCUGAUAUUCGCGGGUGCACGUGUGGGACAUAUGCCUACUAUCUUAGGUAUGAUACAUCGGAAAUAUUUGACUCCAUGGCCAGCCAUUAUAGUGCUUUUGGCAUGGGGAUUGGCAAUGCUAUACACAGGAGGAGUUACCGAUAUGAUGGAGUUUAUCAGUUUAUUUUCAACGAUAAUGGGAAUAGCUGUUGUAUCCUCACUGUUAUACUUAAGAAUCACAAAACCCAAACUACCAAGACCGUAUCAGACCAUGUUGUUUGUGCCUGUUUCCAUGUUCAUCGUCAACAUUGCUGUGCUUGUACUAGCUAUAUAUCAAAAACCUCAUAAGAUGGGCAUAGGACUAGCGAUCUUAUUUUCUGGAAUACCAAUCUACUGGUUUGGCGUGCUUUGGAAUCCUAAACCAUUGCCUUUCAAAGAACUAACAGAGGCUUUGACAGUCUUUAUGCAGAAGAUUCUUAUGAUUGAGAAAACGUCUUGAUGUCAUAAUUACUAUAGACAUCCGACGGAUAACUUACAACACCGUGAAUUCAUAUUAUCGACAGUGAUCUAUAGUUCUAAAUUAAACGAAUUGUAUUCAGACGCCGAUGUAUGUAGACAGAUUCCCCCUUUUGCCGGAAGUCUUUUAUUUUUUGUCUGUCUUUCCUGUUCCUUUUUGUAAAUUUGGAAUUAUGAAAACAAAUGGUAUUCCUUUUUCUAGUGAUUAUAGAAGUAUGAAAGUUUAUUUAUGAACUUUGCAUAGCACCCUUUUUGAAAAUCCUAGAUGUUUUAAAUUAAACCAAUCGUUCUUCCUAACCUGUCAAUCUGUCAAUGAAAACGGUAAUAUAUACGACAGACAGGAAUAUUACGGAAAAUUCAUUUACACCACACGUCUUUCUAUGAACUGUAAAAUGUAUUACAAGAAGUCUUCAUUGAAAAUUAAUGUUGGAUGCGCUACCAAAGUCUUUCAAUUAAUUAUGACAUACACCACCAUAAGUCUUUCAAACAAAUGUCUUUCGAUAUAUUAACUUUGAAUUUUUGCAUUAUUACUGUUAGUGUAUAUGUUAUACUUUAAGUGAAGUCUUUCAAACAAAUGUCUUUCAAUAUAUUAACUUUGUAUUUUUGCAUAUUACUGUUAGUGUAUAUGUUAUACUUUAAGUGAAAUCUUUCAAACAAAUGUCUUUCAAUAUAUCAACUUUGUAUUUUUGCAUUAUAUAUUACUGUUAGUGUAUAUGUUAUACUUUAAGUGAAAUCUUUCAAACAAAUGUCUUUCAAUAUAUUAACUAUAUAUUUUUGCAUUAUUACUGUAGGUUUAUAUAUUAUACUUUAAGUGAUUUUAAAUGACUAUAGAAUA